UGGAGCCGCCAUUGGAGCCGGCUUGGCUUGAGGGCUCCGCUGCGGAGCGGGAGGUUGGGCCGCAGUUAAAGUCGCGUCGGCUCCUGGUCCCUGGCCCUUCAGCGGCAUGGCGUGCGGGGCGACGUUGAAGCGGCCCAUGGAGUUCGAGGCGGCGCUGCUGAGCCCCGGCUCCCCGAAGCGGCGGCGCUGUGCCCCUCUGCCCGGCCCCACUCCGGGCCUCAGGCCCCCGGACGCCGAGCCGCCGCCGCUGCUUCAGACGCAGACCCCACCGCCGACUCUGCAGCAGCCCGCCCCGGCCGGCAGCGAGCGGCGCCUUCCAACCCCGGAGCAAAUUUUUCAGAACAUAAAACAAGAAUAUAGUCGUUAUCAGAGGUGGAGACAUUUAGAAGUUGUUCUUAAUCAGAGUGAAGCUUGUACUUCGGAAAGUCAGCCUCACUCCUCAGCACUCACAGCACCUAGUUCGCCAGGUUCCUCCUGGAUGAAGAAGGACCAGCCCACCUUUACCCUCCGACAAGUUGGAAUAAUAUGUGAGCGUCUCUUAAAAGACUAUCAAGAUAAAAUUCGGGAGGAAUAUGAGCAAAUCCUCAAUACCAAACUAGCAGAACAAUAUGAAUCUUUUGUGAAAUUCACACAUGAUCAGAUUAUGCGACGAUAUGGGACAAGGCCAACAAGCUACGUGUCCUGAAGCUUUCUUGCAUAUCUGGGUACCAGGUUUGACCUCAAGAGAUGGCUGCUGUACACUUUUUGCAACUGGUUUGAUAUCACAUUUCAGCUCCAACUUUGCAUCCUGAGAACACUUAAAUGUUUCUGCA